AGAGUGCAGGUGUGAUGCCUUCGCGUUAAGAUUAGACGUAGCACACAGGUGAAACCUCUCUCUGCGUGCAGACUGCUGUUCCCAUUGUAUCACUAUGGACCUGCCAUCUUUUUUGCUUUGUAUACUGUUGGAAGUCCUGGCUAUAAACUGUCAAGACGUGGCACAGGGACGUAUAGUGGGAGGAUAUGCACCAGUUCCACAUUCAAUCAAGUACAUUGUGUCGAUACAGACAACAGAACGUCAGCACGUUUGUGGAGGUUCCUUGAUAAAUAAGUACUGGGUAAUCACAGCAGCACAUUGUAAUGUUGGGAUAAACAAGAUGAUGAUAGUGGCAGGGGACUACUCCCUGAUCAUCUAUGAGGGCACAGAGCAAGAAAUCCUGCCUCAGCUUUUGGUUCCCCACCCUGAGUACAACAGCACCACCAACAACAAUGACAUUAUGCUUAUAAAACUGAAGGCCCCGGUCUAUCUGAACAGCUACAUCUCCAUCAUUCUCCUGCCCCGGCAGGGCGCCUCCAUAUUGGAGGGCAGAGUGUGUCGAGUGUCCGGCUGGGGAUACACUAGCCCCAGUGGAGGCCAGAUCCCCUCCACCCUCCGCACUGUCAAGCUCCCCAUUGUCUCCACAGAAAAAUGCAACAGCAGUGAGUCCUUUGGCGGCUUGAUCACAGAAAACAUGGUCUGUGCUGGUUACAGUGCUGGUGGAAUGGAUGCCUGUCAGGGGGACUCUGGUGGUCCACUUGUAUGUGAGGGCCGGGUCUAUGGUGUGGUGUCCUGGGGGAGAGGAUGUGCUGAUGCCCAGUUUCCUGGAGUCUACACUGCUGUGUCCAAGUACCGCAGGUGGAUAGACAACACCAUAUUUAGCUUCUACAGCAGGUGCAACAAGAUUUAGAACCCAGUAUUACUGAGAUAAAAAAAAAAACCCUCAGUGGAGACAUGAGGUUCUUCAUUUCAAUUUCAGUUCUUUGAUUUAUUAUAUUUUCUUUUUACCAUUUGUGCACAUUUGAUUAUGUUAAUGAACAGUUUGACAAUUUGGGAAAUAUGCUCAUUCGCUUUCUUGCCGAGAGUUAGAAGGUCGAUACCACUGUCAUGUUUGUACGCUAAAUAUGAAUCUACGGCUACCAGCAGUUAGCUUAGCAUAAAGACUGGAAACAGGAUAACAAAAUCCGCCCACCAGCACUGCUAAAGCUCACUAAUUUACACGUUAAAAUUAUCUUGUUUAUUUAAUUCGUACAAAAAACCAAAGUGAAAAUGAUAAGUUGUGGUUUUAUGGGAGUUAUAUGUCAGACUAUUUAUUGGUGCUAAGCUAAGAUAACCAUUUCCACCUUCAUAUUGCACAGAUCAUAUGAAGAGGUUUAUCGAUCUUCUCAUCUAACUCUCUGCAAGAAAGCAAAUUUCCCAAAAAGUCGAACUAUUCCUUUAACUUUUUAAGCUUGAAUAUUUAUCAUGUCUGUUGUUGAUCUGUUUAAAGCAUUUCAAAAACAAAACAAGUGAUAUAUAAUCCACCAACACCCCUCUGGUAAGAAAAAAAAGGACAUACUGACCACAUUUCCACAACAUCAAGAAUGAGGUGCCAUAUCACUGCUUCAAUUGCUCAAAAUCAGUGCUUUCAAAGGCUCAUGGGAAACUAUCGUAAAUGCUGUAAGCAAAUGUAUGCACAAUUAACCAAGUUUAACCAGUGCUACAAGUUCAACAUCAAAGAUCAUAUGAGCAUUCAAUGCUCGUGCACAGGCGAUUGACAAAAUAACAGCAACGACUGUUCAGUACAAUGCAAUCCAAUACAUUACCUUUUUGAAGCUUGCAAUGUUUAGUUUUGUUAAGACUGGAACUGAAAUGAUUAGAAAACUACAACUAUUUUGAUAAUCAAACAACAUUUGAUGGUUACGGUUUAGGAUUUGCUGAUUUUUCUUGUCUUGCAUUAUAAUAAACUGAUUAUGUUUGAUUAUGUUUGUGCUCAAGGAAAUCGUGGUGGCCAUUUUUCACUAUUUUGUGACAUAACAAUUAAUAAAUUAAGAAAAUAAUCAUAAGAUGAACUGAUGAAAAUAAUUCUUAUUUGCAGCCCAGGAAAUUGUUGACUCAACCAUAGGGUCAUUUUUCACACCGCUGUUGUUUGUGGGUUUGUUGUACUAGAUUGCAAAAACAAACAUCAAAUCAUGCUUUUGAUCAGCUCUAUUAAUACUGAAUACAGUUAUAAAUAAUACACAAAUGGAUUGAUUUAUACCUUACAGUCGCAUUUAAUCAAGAUAAAACCAUUAACACAUACAGAAUUUCUGUCAAUCUGAAUUACAGUGAUUAAAAAUCUAUAUACUGUGUGUGUGUGUGUGUGUGUGUGUGUGUGUGUGUGUGUGGUGGAGGAAGACAAAGCAACUGCCUUUUCUGAGCAUAUCUGUAAAGGCCCUUAGUUUAAUUAGUAAGUCAAUGAUUACUGCCAAUUUCAUGUGGUUUAUUUAUGGACUAGUGGUGUUAUAAACCUGGCACUGCAUGCAUAAAGUCCCUUUAUGUGUUAAGAGUUGAGCAAAUGCAUGGAAUUAGGUGAAAAACAAAAAAGAGAGAUUGAAAUUGUGAGUGUGUUAAAAAACAAUGACAUGAACUGUAGUGUUUUCUUGUUUUAUACACUUUAAUAAAUUGCUGAUGAUCCCA